CAAAGUACGUUCGUCCCUCAGAUUCCGGGCGUGGGAAUGACGUGGCUGGUGGAGAAGAACCGCUCGUGGGCGGAGUGGGCCGUCGCGCGGAUCCUGCGGGUGGGCCCGGUGCCUCGCCACCUCGCGGUCAUCAUGGACGGGAACAGGAGGUACGCCCGCAAAGAGCACCAGGACACCUUGACCGGCCACACGCGCGGCUUUCACAAGUUGACGGAAGUGCUCAGUUGGUGUCGGGAUUUGGGGAUCAACGAGGUGACGGCCUACGCGUUCAGCAUCGAGAACUUCAAGCGACCCAGGCAUGAGGUGGAGGGGCUCAUGGACCUCGCCGCGGAGAAGUUUGCAGAGGUUUUGGAAGAGUUGGAAAAGCUUGCGAAGCACGGAGUGUGUAUACGGGCGCUCGGGAACCUGACCCUUCUUCCGGAGAGAGUGCAGCAAGGGGUGGCAGAGGCCGUCUUAGCAACGAAAGAUAAUGAUAAGUACUUCAUAAACCUGGCAAUAGCCUACACCUCACGAGAGGAGAUCGGCACUGCCAUGAGCGAGCUCUGUCGGGGCGUUUCCGAAGGCCAGCUCCAGGCCAGUGACAUAUCCGAAGAGCUCCUUGAGAAGUGCCUCUACACCGGAGGGACGCGAGAUCCAGACCUGCUGAUCCGGACGUCGGGGGAGGUUCGGCUGUCAGAUUUCUUGCUGUGGCAGAGCGGCUUUUCCUGCCUGUUCUUUACAAAGGUGUUGUGGCCAGAGGUGACAAUCUGGCAUCUAUUUGGAGCCAUAUUUUACUACCAGCGGCACUACCACACCCUGGCUGAGGCCCGUCGCGAGAGUCUGAACGUGAGACAGUGUAUGGUGGAAGAAUCGGACAUUGACGUCUGCCAUGCAAAGUUCGGGGAGAAGGUCACAGCAGAACACAUAGCUGCCCAGACUUGUUCAAGGACCGAGAGAACGGAUGCAUUUUUAAAGGAGUUGUAUGAAAAAAGAAUUAAUUAUUUAAAGAAGGUCUGUAAAUAAUGUGAAAAAAGGUAUGGUGACUAUUUCUUGUAAUUUCACUCAGUUUUACCAACACACCAUUAAUAAUAAUGUCCAACGUCCAACUCCUAAUCCAGAGCCAACAUAUAUAGUGCAUUCUGUAAUCCAGAAAAGAAUCUGAACUGGAGGAAUUUGCUGCACAAUUGGUCCUGCGUACCAAACUCCAGGACUCACUGAGUGCCUAUAUUGCUACUCCCAUUUCCUUCAAGCUUUAAAUAUAAAACAUGGCCUUGCGAGAACGACAGUUUAUCACAUCAGAGAAAAAGUAAUGCACAGUAACAAGGAGAAAUAUAAGAAUAAAACGUUGACAAACAACAUAAUUUAUUGAAUCCAUUUUAAAAAAUGGAUUAUAGUUUACGGUAAAUAAAGCGACCUCCCUGAUGAAAUGUUCAAAUAAGAUGAAAGAAUAUCAUAAACAAUCCAUUUGUUGACGGAUACAUUUUAUAUACAUUGCAUUCAUUUCAUGUUUACAUAUGUCGGAAAAAAUCAAGUAACCAUUAAAUUCAAAGGGACAUAUAAUAUUAUUUUAACUAUUGAUUGUCGUAACGCAUGCUGCAUCAGAUUGAAAAUGUUUGCCAACAUCCUAAAUAUUCAAACAACUUCGUAAGUUACAUUUUUUUUCUUUCUGAAA